GGGCAAGUUUAGAUGUCCCCAAAGCCAGUGGGGAUGGGAGAGCAGAUCUCGGGCUGCUUAUGCAGGAGGCCUGACAGGUCCUGGGGGCUCGCUAGGAAGGAAAGAGAAGAGGUUUCUGGUUUAGGAGAACUGGUGGUUGUCAACACACCAAACUAAAUAGGAAACAGGUGAAGACAAGCAGGUAUGGGGAUAGGGGCGAGAAGGUGUGGCUCAUGCCUGCAGUCCUGGACAUGGGGGAUUUCCUGUGAUGGAAGUCUUCAUUGGGCACCUGAGAGGCUGGAGUUCCACGGAGAAGUCCAAGCAGAGAGAUGGAUUUCAGAGUCAUUGCUCAGUGGUAAACGAAAGCCACAGGAACUCAUACACACGGCAAAGAAAGCUGCCACGUGCUGAGCUCUAUAGCAGAUGCUGGAGCAAUAAAGAUAAACCCAAGCAAUGGAGGGAUUACAGCAUUACAUCAACCCAGCACAUGCCAUCUCUCUCCUGAGCGCACUCAAUGAGGAACGCCUCAAAGGACAGUUGUGUGAUGUGCUUCUGAUUGUUGGAGACCAGAAAUUUCGAGCUCACAAAAAUGUCUUGGCUGCUAGCAGUGAAUAUUUUCAUAGCUUAUUCACAAAUAAGGAGAAUGAGUUGCAAACUGUAUUCCAGCUUGACUUUUGUGAACCAGAUGCUUUUGAUAAUGUCUUGAACUACAUUUAUUCCUCAUCUUUGUUUGUCGAGAAAGGCAGCCUUGCUGCUGUGCAAGAACUAGGCUACAGCCUCGGGAUUUCCUUUCUGACUAACAUCGUUUCUAAAACACCUCAAGCACCCUUUCCAAUGUGUCCCAACAGAAAAAGAGUAUUCGUGGAACAUGAUGAAAACAGUUCUCAAAAGAGAAGUGUCAUUGUCUGUCAAAGCAGGAACGAGGCACAAGGGAAAACGGUUAGUCAAAGUCCGCCCGAUAUAAGCCAUACUUCCCAGCCCUCCCCAAACAUUGCAGUCAAGGCCAAUGCCAGUAAGCCACAGGUUUCCAAACCAGUCGAACCACUUCACGAUUUGUCAUUGACUGAAAAGAGUUGGCCAAAAGAUGGUUCUGUGGGAUACACAAAGUCUCUUGAGUGUUCUGGAUCUUUGGAUGAUACUAACAGAAGCAGCCUGGGGAAAAGGAAUGCAGUCCUGUCUUCUGCACCUCUGCAAGACAGAGAGGCAGUGGAUGACAAACCAGGUGGAAGCAGUCAGCUGCCCAAAGGAAAAGCUAUAGAACUGGCUCUGAAAAGGCCCCGACCGCCUGUUCUGUCUCUUCGAAGCUCAUCAGAGACUCCCUAUCUAUUGAAAGAAACUAACAGAGGAAAUGGCCCGGGCGAGGACAGAAACUUGUUGUACUACUCAAAGUUGGGCUUGGUGAUCCCGUCCAGUGGGUCUGCUUCUGCAAACCAAAGCAUUGACAGAAGUGGCCCGCUUGUUAAGAGUCUCCUGCGACGGUCACUGUCGAUGGACAGCCAGGUUCCUGUCUACUCACCCUCAAUAGAUUUGAAAUCUUCCCAGGGGUCGUCUGCAGUGCAAAGCGAUGCACCAGGGAAUGUGUUUUGUGCUUUAUCUCAAAAGUCAUCUUUAAAAGAGGGUAGUGAAAAACCAACCCCAGAAGAUGGGACUCCAGCUGCACAGCCACACCGCCUCCGGUCCUUCAGUGCUUCUCAGUCCACAGAGAGGGAGGGUGCACCUCCUGUUGCUGAGGUUCGAAUCAAGACAGAGCCCCGAAGCCCAUCGGCGGAUCCGUCCGACAUCAUUCGGGUCACUGUGGGAGAUGCCGCCGCGGCAGCAUCCAGCUCGAGAGACCUUCCUCUGAAAACAGAAGACAACCAAAAAGACAUGAGCAGACUCCCAGCAAAAAGGAGGUUCCAGGCGGAUCGAAGACUGCCCUUGAAGAAGUUGAAGGUGGACGAGCACGGCUCUCUGGUGUCCGAAGAUAAUCUCGAGGAAGGCUCAAGCCCCACACUCAAAGCAGAUUUUCCAGAUUCUGACUUGAGCAAAGAUGAAUUUGGUGAGUUGGAGGGAACAAGACCAAACAAAAAAUUUAAAUGCAAACAUUGCCUUAAGAUCUUUAGAUCAACAGCAGGUCUUCACCGGCACAUUAACAUGUACCACAACCCAGAAAAGCCCUACGCUUGCGACAUCUGUCACAAGCGGUUUCACACAAACUUCAAAGUGUGGACCCACUGUCAGACCCAGCACGGCAUAGUGAAGAACCCGUCACCAGCCUCUAGUUCACAUGCCGUUCUGGAUGAAAAGUUCCAAAGAAAGCUGAUUGACAUAGUGAGAGAGAGAGAGAUUAAGAAGGCCCUGAUCAUUAAGUUGAGGCGCAGCAAGCCCGGUUUUCAGGGGCAGAGUAGUUCCCCAGCUCAAGUCAUCAAGAGGAACUUGAGGUCGCGAGCCAAAGGCGUGUACAUUUGUACUUACUGUGGAAAGGCCUAUCGCUUUCUCUCUCAGUUCAAACAGCACAUAAAGAUGCACCCCGGAGAGAAGUCUCUUGGAGGACACAAGGUCGCGAAGCCGAAAGCUCUCGCUCUUGAUGGUCCGGUAGCGAGCAAGGAGGUUUUCCAGUGCCGCCUCUGUAACGCUAAGCUCUCUUCUCUCCUAGAGCAAGGCAGCCACGAGCGACUGUGCCGGAACGCCACCGUGUGCCCCUACUGCAGCCUUAGGUUCUUUUCGCCCGAGCUCAAGCACGAGCACGAGAGCAAGUGUGAGUACAAGAAGCUGACGUGCCUCGAGUGCAUGCGCACCUUCAAGUCCUCCUUCAGCAUCUGGCGGCACCAAGUCGAAGUCCACAAUCAGAACACCAUGGCUCCAGCCGAAAACUUCUCCUUACCCAUCCAGGACCACAACGGUGAGGUCACCGGCUCCUCCAAGCCCCAGGCCCAGUCCGAGCCUCAGAAAGCAAACCACGUGGUCACACCAAAAGAUGACAACGCGUUCAGUGACUGUUCAGAGCAAGUCAACUUCGAUUCGGAAGAUUCCUCCUGUCUUCCCGAAGACCUUAGCCUUUCGAAGCAACUGAAGAUCCAAGUCAAAGAGGAGCCUGUGGAGGAAGCUGAGGAAGUGGCGCCUGAGGCCAGCACAGCUCCGAAAGAAGCAGCUUCCAGCAAGGACCCGGGCCUGUGGCCCUGUGAGAAAUGUGGCAAGACGUUCACCUCGCACAAGCAACUGGAGCGGCACCAGGAGCUCUUGUGUUCCGUGAAACCAUUCAUCUGUCACGUUUGCAACAAAGCUUUUCGCACCAAUUUCCGGCUCUGGAGUCACUUCCAAUCCCAUAUGUCUCAGGCUACAGAGGACUCAGCGCAUAAAGAAUCUGAAGUGUGCCCUGUUCCCACAAACUCUCCGUCGCCGCCACCUCUGCCCCCACCACCGCCGCUGCCCAAGAUCCAGCCCCUGGAGCCUGACAGUCCAACGGGUCUGCCUGAAAAUGCAGCUCCGGCCGCGGAGAAACUGUUUGUACCCCAAGAAUCAGACACACUUUUUUACCAUGCCCCACCCCUUUCAGCGAUCACAUUCAAACGCCAGUUUAUGUGUAAACUUUGCCAUAGGACAUUCAAGACCGCCUUUAGUCUUUGGAGUCACGAACAAACCCAUAAUUAAGAGACCUCCCCUUUUUCCCUAUAACGAAAUGGGAGCAGUCUCCAGAUUUCAGCCUAAGUUGUGAAAUGUGUCAUAUAAAACAAAAAUAUUUUUUACAAAAAAAUAAUAAAGGUUGGAAAUUGUUAUUCUUGAGUAUAAGUUGGAGGUAAACUGACAUUAAUUGCUAAUGUCUACUCAACUUAGGAAAACACUUAAAAAAUACUGUGCUUCUGUACCUUACAGUCACAGGACAACUUGACUUCAUUAAUGUUGAAAUUGAUUGGUCUUGGUUGCAUGGUUCCUCAUUCCACAGUGUCAGUAUAAUCUUUAAUUUGAGGUGGUUUUGUUUUCUUACUGAUUUGCAGCUAGUGAAAUACUAUUAAAGGAUUUCUGCUUUUAAUUAUAUCAGACACAUAAGUUCUAGUUAAAUCUCAGCCAUGUUCUUAAGUCCAAAACUUAUCUGGAAGAAGUGGAGUAGUUUGCAGUGUUGAUUUUAGGUCUUUAGAAUACUCUAGCAAUAAAAAAGUGAUAAACCUCAACUUUAAGAAGUUAUCCUGACACUUGAUAAAAAUAUUUGGCAUUUUGUGGUCAUGUAGAAUUUUUCCUAUGAAAUUUGUGAGAAAUUUAAAUCAGCAAUAGUAAAUACUUAGAUUUUUAUAAAAUAAAAACUUUCUCUUGGGUCACUUAGUGUAGUUAUUGCUGGAAGACUUGGGAGAUGAAAAUGUUAAGAUUUCUGGAAGGCCCCUAAGGUCAGCUUACAAAGGUUUCUGUGGGGACACGUGUUGUGAUCAGAUUGCUGCUGUGCUGUGUCCACAUCACAGUGCAAGUUCAGUCCAGCACUGGAAGGACUUAGAUGUUUGGUUUCCUCUGGCUUAUGCUGCCACAAGUUGAAAAUCUGAGUGUAUUUGGGACAAAAAUAACGUGGCACUAAUUUUGAAAUUAAUAUUAGUAUAACAAAAAGGUCAGAACCUAUAUUUACAUAGAGUCAGCCCAGGGGCUCUGAAUCCUGAAUUACCAUUCACUUCCAGAGAUAUGAAGCAAAGGGAGAAACAGCACACUGCAGUCUCCACAUACUUUUCAAAAAUGAUAUUGACAGUAUACAGUUUCCUACCUCUUUGUCUUGUGAUGAGUUCUGUUAGAAUUGGUUUGAGUUUAUCGUGGUAAAGCGUUCACGUGGUUCUGCUUCAAGUCACUGCUUAGCAUUUCCUAAACGGCUGUUUAAGUACUAUCAAGGGUCCAAAAUUAGUUUUUGUGGGUUUUUUUUUUUAACUUCUUUUUGGCCCAAAAGGUUUGAGCUUUUUUGGUUUCCUAUAGGUGUUAUCCAAAGUUCUAGGGGCUUUUUCAAAAGGUACAAUUUUUAUUUUACUUGUGUGGGGUGGUCAGAUAUAUAAAAGUAGAAAAAUUGGGGAAUCUACAAAAUCCUUUUAAGGUAGUGAUGUGGAUUAAGACCACCAAGUUUAUUAAUUUUUUUUACAAGCUAUUCUUUCAAAAAAGAAAAAUUACUACUGUGACUAAGAAAUAGUAUGCUGAGUACUUAAAUGUGUGCUGUAGCAGAAAAGAACUGUCC